CAAAACUGUAUCAGCUGAUUAUAAAAACCACUGUUUGAAAAGUAUGGAAAAGUCGUGGAAUGUGACGUUGUGAAGAAUUUCGGAUUUGUGCACAUGGAGAAUGAAGAGUCGGGGAGGGAUGCCAUUCAAAACCUGAAUGGAUACUUGGUUCAUGGGUCAGCCAUGAAAGUGGAAGCAGCUACCAGCCGGAAGGGACCAAACACACCAACAACAAAGAUAUUUGUGGGGAACUUGUCCGACAACACCAGAGCUCCCCAGGUCAGAGCCCUGUUUGCUAAGUACGGAACAGUCGUGGAGUGCGACAUUGUGCGAAACUACGGAUUUGUGCAUAUUGACUCUGCCGAUGUCAACAAAUGUAUUGAGGAAUUGAAUGGGUCCAUGGUAGAUGGUCAGCCCAUGAAGGUCCAGGUAUCCACCAGCAAGGUCCGCCAAAGACCAGGGAUGGGCAAUCCAGAGCAGUGCUACAGAUGUGGACGUGGAGGUCAUUGGUCGAAAGAGUGUCCAAAAACUGGAAUGGGACCAGACCGCUUCCGUGACAGGAUGUUUGGUGGACGUGACCCUUACCCUCCACCCCCACCACCUCCGUUCCUGCGUGACAGGAUGCUCAGUGGAGGAUUUGGAAAGGACAGCUAUUACGACCGCUACUAUGACAGGCCGAGCAGCCGCUUCGAUGAAAGAGAUUCGUUUGAGAGGCGUUACCCACCUCUGCCUCCCGCGACCUGGGACCACGACGAGGUGUGACUUCAUGCCUCCCCC